CUGAGGUGGAACUGGUGUGGAGAUCCUGGAGAACUUAGAAUGAAGACCCACCUUAUCCUCAUCCUCUGUAUGAUCUCAGUGACUUAUGUCCAAACCCAAGAUGUUGAAUCCUCCAUGUGGCCAUCAUCUGCUUCUACAGCACAACCAGACCAUAAUGUCUCUUCUGCAGCUGUUUCAGGUGUACCUGUGUAUAUCUCAGUCAGUGUGGGUUUAGUCUUCUUGACUACUGGUGUAAUUAUAAUCAUCUGCUAUAAAUUCAAGUCCAAAGGUUCAGAAACAAUGGCACAAUGUUCAACAGAUAUACAUGAUUAUGAAAACGUCCAAUCAGAAAAAUAUUCCAACCAAUCAGAAUCAGUCUACCAGAACCCGAACCCCAAAAUCAACCAAUCAGAAUCAACCGUGAAGAACCCGAACCCCAAAAUCAACCAAUCAGAAUCAGCCUUUAAAAACCCGACCCCCAAAACCAACCAAUCAGAAUCAGCCUUUAAAAACCCGAACCCCAAAACCAACCAAUCAGAAUCAGUCUAUGAGAACAUGUAUCCCAAAACCAACCAAUCAGAAUCAGUCUAUGAGAACCUGAAGCCCAAAAUCAACCAAUCAGAAUCCAUCUCUGAGAACCCAAACCUCAAAAUCAACCAAUCAGAAUCCAUCUCUGAGAACCCAAACCUCAAAAUCAACCAAUCAGAAUCCACCUCUGAGAACCCAAACCUCAAAAUCAACCAAUCAGAAUCCAUCUAUGAGAACCCAAACCCCAAAAUCAACCAAUCAGAAUCCAUCUAUGAGAACCCAAACCCCAAAAUCAACCAAUCAGAAUCCAUCUAUGAGAACCCAAACCCCAAAAUCAACCAAUCAGAAUCCAUCUAUGAGAACCUGAGCCCCAAAAUCAACCAAUCAGAAUCCAUCUAUGAGAAGCAGAACCCCAAAAUCAACCAAUCAGAAUCAGUCUUUGAGAACUCAAUCCCCGAAAUCAAUCAGUCAGAAUCAGUCUUCAAGAACCCGAACCCCAAAAUCAACCCAUCAGAAUCAGUCUUCAAGAAUCAGAACCCCAAAAUUAACCAAUCAGAAUCAGUCUUCAAAAACCCGAACCCCAAAACAAACCAAUCAGAAUCCAUCUAUGAGAACCUGAGCCCCAAAUUUAACCAAUCAGAAUCAGUCUACGAGAACUGA